UGUUUUGGCUGUACUUUGCGCAAAAGUGAUGACAAAUAUUUUUGUGUUAGCCAGAUCAAUUUAAAAAAAAAUAUUUUUUUCAAAAAUGGACAGCAGCAACGGUAAGUUUACCUCCGAUUCCGAUGACGAAGUGAUUGAUUGGUCCCGGGAGGCAGCCGGAGUUAUACAGGACAUCCGGCGACAUGUGAAAGAAGCGGUAAUUUCGGAAAAACUCCCGGUGACUAACUCCGAGGCAUUCAUCAAUUUUCGAACUCUCGAGGACACAGAGCUGUGCGUAAAAUUGGACGGAGAAGGAUUACAGAUCGUGGGCGACCGAUUCGAUAGCUGCGAUCUGGAGAGUCCGGUUAAUAUGCGUUACGAAACGCCUUAUUCGCUGCUGUCUUCGGUAAGUUCCUCAUAUGUAGAAUCCUUCGGCAAUAGUCUUGCUGAAGCAUUGAGCAAAAAACUUCAAGAUCAGAUACUGGAAAAAGGUGAAAGACUUGAGGAUCUUGAAUUUGAGAGUCCUGACUAAAUUUCUUAGAAAAAAAACGGAGGUUCUUUCAAAAGUAAAA